UAGAGCUACAGCAACUACCGGGUCUGCUAUGCUCCUCAUGGAUGCUAAAUAUCUUUUAUACAAAACCACGAAUUAGUUGAAGUAUUUUAAAUGUUAUAAUAUUCAAGCGUAAAAAUGGGUUUGUUGACGAUUUUAAAGAAGAUGAAGCAGAAGGAGCGGGAGAUGCGGCUACUCAUGUUAGGUUUGGACAACGCGGGGAAGACCACCAUCCUGAAGAAGUUUAAUGGAGAAGAUGUCAGCACCAUCUCCCCAACACUGGGCUUCAACAUCAAAACACUGGAGCACAAAGGGUUCAAGUUGAAUAUUUGGGACGUAGGGGGUCAGAAGUCUCUGCGUUCUUACUGGAGGAACUAUUUUGAAAGCACAGAUGGCCUGGUGUGGGUGGUGGACAGCGCUGACAGACUGAGACUGGAGGACUGCAGGCAGGAGCUCAGUGCUCUGCUGCUGGAGGAGAGGUUAGCUGGUGCAACGUUGCUGGUCUUUGCUAACAAACAGGACUUACCAGGAGCUCUGUCAAAAGAGGCAAUACGAGAGGCUCUGGCUUUGGAUGACAUUAAAAGCCACCACUGGUGCAUAAUUGGCUGCAGUGCAGUAACAGGAGAAAACCUGUUGGCAGGAGUGGACUGGCUACUAGAUGAUAUUGCUGCAAGGAUUUUCACUGCAGACUGAAUGUGUUUUUCCCUGAUAAUGAAGACAGCAGCUUAUCAGAGGAGUUUGUGUUGAAAUAGAUUGACAGUCUAUACCGUAGACUGUGAAUCUCCACUUUGAAGUUUUGGAUCAGCAUGGCUGCAACUUAUUUCAUGUCAGACUGUUCUUCAGGUAAUAGGUUAAAGGCAGUGAGAUCCACUUUAACUGAGCCUUUGUGAAUUAAAACAUUAAAAUUUAAGCUUAUGGAAUUCAAGUUUGUUACAUCAGUGAUUUGUGUGAACCUUUUAUACUUUUGGUACAGUGGAUGACUUGUGCCUCAUUUAAUAAACUUUAAGUGCUGAAAAGA